UUGAAGAUGGAUGUUGCAGGCGUUCUCCGCAUGAAUCCUCCAGGAGAUGGGAAAAAGAGCUACGCCAAGAAUUCUCUUGUCCAAAGAAUAUUCAUAUCAAAAUCCAAGCCAUUUCUAGUAGAAACCAUAAGCGACAUGGUAAGAUCAAUGAGGAGGAGUAGCAGUGUUAAUGGCUGUUGGCCGGCUUGUUUCAGAGUUGCAGACUUGGGUUGCUCGUCGGGACCCAAUACGCUGCAGGUGAUCUCAGAGAUUAUUAACACAAUUAGUGACGAGAUCAUUUGCAACCAGCUGCAAGAAAAUGAUGAGCCAGAAAUCCAAGUCUUCUUAAACGAUCUUCCUACCAAUGAUUUCAACACUGUUUUGAAAGAUGUUGCUGUGUCUUAUAAUCAAGAUGAUAAAAACAAACUUCGCUGUUUUGUGUCGGCCGUGGCUGGUUCUUUCUAUGGCAGACUGUUCCCCAGGGAAAGUCUUGAUUUUGUACAUUCUUCUACCAGUCUUCAUUGGCUCUCCAAGGUUCCAGAUGGUAUUGAUGAGGAAAACAGAGGGAAUAUAUACAUAGGAAAAUCAAGUCCUCCAAAGAUAUAUAAAGCAUACAAGGAGCAAUUUGAGAAGGAUUUCUCAAACUUUUUAAGGUUACGGUGCGAAGAAAUGAAAGUAGGAGGUCGUAUGAUUCUUAUCUUAGUUGGGAGAAGCAUUCCAUAUCCCUUGGCCUCGAAGAACUUUUUUCCAUUGUGGGAGCUCCUUGCAGCAUCUCUCAUGGAUUUGGUUGCCCAGGGACUCGUGAAGGAAGAUGCGGUGAACUCCUUCAACAUGCCUUGGUACACUCCAUACAAGGAAGAAAUAAGAGAGAUAGUUGAGAAAGAAAAUUCAUUCAGUCUCGAUAAGCUGGAAACCUUUGAAGUGAAUUGGGACCUCAGGGAAGCUGUAGCAAUGAAGGAAGAAAAUUUUGUGUUGAAUAAGAAUCAAAGUGGGCAAAUUGUCAGUGAUCACGUAAGAGCAGCAACAGAAUCCAUGUUUGUUCAUCAUUUUGGAGAAGCCAUAGUUGACAACUUAUUCAAAACCUACUCAGAUCAUAUUGCCGAAUAUCUUCGCUUUCACAACUCCAAGUAUAUCAAUAUAGUCAUUUCAAUAACAAAAAUAUAGUAUUUUAAUUAGUUUUAAAGUUAUUAUGAGUUAAAGGCUUCAAUUGUUGAAUAAGACGUGGGUAAAAUAGUAGUGUUAUA